AUGAAAAACUUUACUGUUUUCGAGAAAUUGGGUGAAGGUUCAUUCUCUACAGUGUUAAGAGUUAAGCGACAAUCCGAUUAGUAAGAAUAUGCAAUGAAAAAAGUGAGGAUGGGAUAAUUGAAGGAGAAGGAGAAAGAGAAUUCACUUAAUGAAAUUCGUAUUCUGGCCAGCAUUUCACAUCCUAAUAUCAUAGCGUACAAGGAAGCAUUCUACGAUGAGCAAUCUCAAAGUUUAUGUGUAGUAAUGGAGUAUGCUGAUUAAGGUGAUUUGUAACAGAUGAUCCAAUAACAUAUUCAUUAGAAACAAUUCAUAUAAGAAAUUGAGAUCUGGAAAAUGAUUUACUAAGUGGCAAUUGCUUUGCGAACGUUACAUCAAAUGAAAAUCUUGCAUAGGGAUUUGAAAUCUGCAAAUGUAUUCCUCCACUAAGGAAACUAUAAACUGGGAGACAUGAAUGUAUCCAAAGUGGCCAAAAAGGAUUUGGUUUAUACGCAAACAGGAACUCCUUAUUAUGCAAGUCCUGAAGUUUGGAGAGAUCAGCCAUAUGAUGCUAAAAGUGACAUUUGGAGUUUAGGUUGUGUUGCAUAUGAAAUGGCAGCCCUAAAACCACCAUUUCGAGCAUAAAAUAUGGAAGGAUUAUAUAAGAAAGUAUAAAGAGGAUUAUACGAACGAAUACCGCCUAAAUUUAGCGGUGAAUUAAUGACUGUAAUAGGAUUAUGUUUACAAGUACAAAGCAAAUAAAGACCUACAUGUGCUUAAUUACUUAGCAAUCCUAUUUUAUUGAGAAAUGCUAGAUAAUUUAUUAUAGAAAGUAGAGUUUCUCAGUAGACUUAAUCUUCGUAAGCUGGUUCGAAUGUACUCUUGUAAACUAUAAAAUUACCAAAGAAUCUAAAACAACUCAAAGAGAAAUUACCAAAAUCAAAAUACUUAAUGGAAAAUGUGAAUAAGUCUUAUGAUUAAACAUAAGCUAAUAGUUCAUUUCUACCAAAAAUUAGUAACCCUAAAGAAAUCAGACCUAAUUUUUCAGUCCCACCUGUUAAAAGUGAUCGAUAUCAAUAAUAAUAACUGCAGCAGAAUUCUUUACAUGAGGAACGGUCUAAGUCCAUUGUCAAUUCAGUCCAACUUUUAGAGAUGGAAAGAAUUAGAUAACAAAAAUUAUUGGAAAAACAGUAAAAUUUAAAGAUCAGCAUCAUUCAUCAGAAUGCUAUUCCCUAUAUAAAUAGUUCUUCAUCUUAAAUCCAAAAUCUAUAUGCCAACAAACAACGCAAUGUGAGAGAUUCUUCAAAAUAAUAUGUAGAAGCACCUAAACCAAUAUGGUGGGGAUGA